CUUGAUUUUACGCCAAGUUGCGGCACGUUCCCUUUUUUGACGGUCCCUAACAUCAGCGGGUCAUCUCUUCUCAACUGUGGGUGAUAUUUUCAAAGCGCUAUGAAGCACCUCGUCUCUAUCCCUGGUGUGAAAUAAACAGACCAUUCAGUGCUGCCUAUUACCGCACAGUUGUUUUUAAAUGGAUGGUCAGUAUGAAUGGUUUAGAGGACAGACCUCAGUGAGCGUGAGUAUCAUCAACCCGAGGACACUUGGAACAGCUGGUGCUGCGUGCCGGCUGUGUCGCCAGUCAGAGGACCGGACCAUCUCAAGCGGAGUGGGGGUAGUCAGAUAAGCUGUUUACACCCGGCCAGCAGGCCCACGGUUACAGAGAGGCGAAGAAUGGACGGCUUCAUCACCGCAGUGAAACAUGGCUUUUAGGAAGAGGCAUUGCUCGGUACUGCUGGCAUCGACAUAGACGGACCAGGACUCCCGAAGGUGCGUAGCCUAUCUUUGCUUCAUGGUGCCGCUCCUUAGCAAGUCUUAUUCGAGGUCUGAAAUAUAACCACUUUGCUCUGGGUUAGUAGUGUUAGCUGGCUUUGUAGCGUAGUGACAAAGCAGCGUUAGCAAAAAAAAUAAAAGGUGCAUGAAUAUUAACUGAAUUAGCAGUGAUAUCCUUAUAUUGAAUGUAGAUGUAAGUGCUGCGUUUGGGAACCGCGGACAUCAGGUCCACCUCUUUAUUUGUGCCCAUGGAUGAGUCUUGCUGCUGUAGCCGGUCUCAGCCUGCUUUGCAGCCUUAUUGAGAAUAGUGACCUUCAUGCCGUCAAUAUGGACAAUAGAGUACAGUCACAGUAGUAGAAUAGUCAUUUUCUUGUCAUCAAAUAGACUAUUUUAAAUCUAUUUUCCCAACCAAAACACAGAACAGCACAGAUAUGUACACUGAUUUCUCUGUAGGAUGAAGUAUGUAUAACAGAACAAUAAACAUGUCAAAGCUUCACACUGACUGUAGUUUGCAUGUGCAGUGGUAAUGAUUCACACCUCGUUUGGAGUAACAUGGAGUAACACACAAUGCUACACUGCAAAAAUAAGCUAUGAAAAUGAUGCAUUACAGAUACAGAUUUGCUAAAUUGUCCUGUAUGUAUAAUGCUCUCUUCACACAACUUGUGUGCAGUGCCCUAGUUUCAUGGCAGUGUCCUCUUUAAAUCCAUAACAAUCUGAUAAGGCUGACCACUCAGACUCUUCCUAACAGGCCAGGAAAUGUGGCCUUGUUUAAAAUUGGGGAAGGCAGUUAGUACAUCUUUCAAGUCCCCAGCAUCUCUAAAUUCUUUGUGCACUGACCACAUUAGGUGGUUUUUGUCAAUUACUGAAAGAUUUUAGUGGGUACACAAGCUGACAAAAUGGAAAACAUUGAUUACAUACUUGAUACAUAGUAAAAAUGGAUGAAAUGCUCUUAGACCAUCUAUUCUCCACCAAUGGAUCACUUUCAAAUUUGGAGCAUUGUAUUAAACUGAAAGGCACAUUUCUCUGUCUGGUCAAUUCUCUUUGUCCAUUUAGAAUUCACUGCAGGAUGUAAACACUGUUAUAACUAGACAUAAACUUAAUGUUGUAAUUUUUUGUUGUAAAUCAGUUUAUAGCCUUAGUGCAAUUUCCUUUAUUGUAGACAUGAUGGUUUAAAAUAAGCGAGAAUUACAACAACAACAACAAAACAUCAGUUCUGAAUUCCGUCAGACUCUGUGCUUCUGUCUUAAAAUCCCAUCUGAGAGCUAUGCCAAAGAAUAAAGUUUUGACCCGCAACAACUCAGGUUAAACAGGUUGAUAAUUUAGUAAAAUGUCAAGCUAACUCUGUGUGCAAGCUAGAAAACUAGCAUCUGAUUUUCCUGUUUCUUUGUUAAACAUCAGAUGUUAUCUCCUUUUUAAAUUUGUUUGAUAUGGAUAAGCUAAUGAGAGUAGCUAUUAGCAUUGUGACCAAGGUUAGACUUGAGAAAAUUUAUUGAUGAGUUGACUCUAAUUCAGGCUACUACUAAUGUUAAAUAUUGCAUAUACUGCAUUGUACCAAAUAAGCUUGAUACACAUUUUCUUUCAUGUGCAAAGAGAGCACAGUCAAGGGGAGUUGAAUGCCUCACAUAUGCGCACAUGCAUAUGUGCACAUGCUAGCUUAAGCUUUCUCAAACUAGCUGCUACUCUUUUCAACUUCAUGUAUCAGCACUUCAUAACUAAAUGAGGUAAAAUGAUACUGUCUUACAGGAGUUAACAGCCCUGUGAGGAGUUUUGAACCAGUUAAGAAACAGACUGAAGUACACAAUGCUGUCUCUUUAUGAGCUGCACUGCACUGAGUGUAAUACAUUUAAGAAGGAUAUCAUUUCCUUGAUAUCAAAGGACUCUUGUAACAGCCAAUUUGAUGUAUUUUGCUGACUCCUACUUUCUGUUGUAGGGAUGUUCACCCUCACAGAGGUAGCCUCUCUGAACGACAUCCAACCAACAUAUCGGAUAUUGAAACCAUGGUGGGAUGUCUUCAUGGAUUAUCUCGGCAUCGUCAUGUUGAUGUUGGCCAUAUUUUCAGGAACAAUGCAGCUAACCAAGGACCAAGUAGUUUGUCUUCCUAUUCUGGAUCAAUCUACAGAGGAUACUGGGGACAUUUUGGCCCCCCAGCCUCCAGAGACAGUUGAUAGUUUAUGGAACAAAGAAAGUGCCAUUGGAGAGCAAGCUGCCCCUUUAAUGGCUAAAAAGCCUCCUGAUAUCAUCACACCGACAAUUCACUUCACACCGCCGGGUACUUUGGGGGAGCCUCAGCCUACAGGGGUCAGGACCAAACUCGAUUUUCAGCAGUAUGUGUUUGUAAACCAGAUGUGCUACCAUGUUGCCCUUCCUUGGUAUUCCAAAUAUUUCCCAUACCUCGCUCUAAUUCACACAAUCGUAUUAAUGGUCAGCAGCAACUUCUGGUUCAAGUACCCAAAGACGAGUUCUAAAAUAGAGCAUUUCGUUUCCAUACUGGGGAAGUGUUUUGAAUCGCCUUGGACUACCAAAGCUCUCUCUGAGACUGCAUGUGAGGACUCAGAGGAGAACAAACAAAGAAUCGCUGGUGCUUCCUCCCUCCUGAAGCAUCUGUCGACAAGCAGCGAGGAGGGGAGUCCAAACCAGUCUGCCCCGAUUCUGACCAAAUCAGGGGUUACAUUUUCUGCUGAGAAACUUGUCAGUGAAAUUCCCUCGAUGACUAUUCUGGAUAAAAAAGACGGCGAACAAGCAAAAGCCCUUUUUGAAAAGGUGCGCAAAUUCCGUGCCCAUGUGGAAGACAGUGACUUGAUCUACAGGCUGUAUGCCAUUCAGACAUUCAUCAAAACGGUUAAAUUCAUUCUGAUCCUCUGCUACACCAUGACUUUUGUUGCCUCUAUAGAUUUUGACCAUGUGUGUGAGCCUGAAAUAAAGCAUUUGACUGGAUACAAAAAAUUCCAGUGUACACACAAUAUGGCAUUCAUGCUGAAGAAACUGCUUGUUAGUUAUAUUGCUCUUAUAUGUUGUUACGGCAUCAUCUGCAUAUACACUCUGUUCUGGCUUUUUCGACGGCCACUCAAAGAGUAUUCCUUUGAAAAAGUCAGAGAGGAGAGCAGCUUCAGUGACAUUCCAGAUGUCAAAAAUGACUUUGCUUUCCUCCUCCACAUGGUUGACCAAUACGACCAGCUCUACUCAAAGCGCUUUGGUGUUUUCCUCUCCGAGGUGAGUGAGAACAAACUUCGGGAAAUCAGUCUGAACCAUGAGUGGACCUUUGAAAAGUUGAGGCAGCAUGUGACGCGCAAUCCUCAAGACAAGCUGGAACUCCAUCUCUUCAUGCUCUCUGGAGUGCCAGACGCUGUGUUUGAUCUCACAGAUUUGGAAAUCCUCAAACUAGAGUUAAUCCCAGAGGCCAGGAUAACAGCUAAAAUCUCACAAAUGAUAAACCUCCAAGAGCUUCACAUCUAUCACUGUCCUGCCAAAGUUGAACAGACAGCUUUUAUCUUUCUUCGUGACUACCUCCGGUGCCUUCAUGUCAAGUUCACAGAUGUUGGUGAGAUUCCAAGCUGGGUUUAUAUGUUGAAAAGUUUAAGGGAACUGUAUCUGGUUGGUAACCUGAACUCUGAAAACAACAAAAUGAUAGGUCUCGAAUCUCUCAGAGACCUCAGGCAUUUAAAGAUUCUGCAUCUGAAGAGUAACCUCACAAAGAUCCCGACAAACAUAACAGAUCUGUCUCCACAUUUGAUUAAGCUGGUCAUCCACAAUGAUGGUACGAAGCUCCUAGUGCUUAAUAGUCUAAAGAAAAUCAUGAAUCUGGCUGAACUGGAGCUCCUGAACUGUGAGCUGGAGCGUAUCCCCCACGCCAUCUUCAGUUUGACAAACCUUCAAGAACUGGAUCUAAAAUCCAACAACAUUCGCACCAUUGAGGAGAUCAUCAGCUUUCAGCAUCUCAAGAGGCUGACAUGCCUCAAACUUUGGCACAAUAAGAUCAUCACUAUUCCAUUAUCUAUUAGCCAUGUCAAAAACCUUGAGUCCCUUUAUCUGUCACACAACAAACUCGAGUCACUACCCUCAUCCUUAUUCACCCUCCUCAAGUUGAGGUAUCUUGAUGUCAGCCACAACUCAAUCUCUGUUGUACCCCUGGAGGUUGGCUUUCUUCAGAACCUCCAACAUUUUGCCAUCAAUGCCAACAAAGUUGAGGUAGUUCCCAAGCAACUGUUCAAGUGCACCAAACUAAGGACCUUAUGCCUCAGCCACAAUUGUAUCUCCUCCAUUCCAGAGAAGAUUGGCCAACUCACGCAGAUCACACAUCUGGAGCUGAAGGGAAACUGCCUGGAUCGUCUUCCAGCUCAGCUCGGUCAGUGCGGCCUCCUGCGCAGGAGCUGCCUGAUCGUGGAGGAUCACCUCUUUGACUCGCUCCCCAUAGAAGUCAAAGAGAGCAUCAAUCAGGAAUCUAGUGUUUUUCCAAAUGGGUGUAAGUGUCUAAGUGAUGGGCGGUAGUUAAAUAUCCAGCAAACACCUUUUAAGUACAGAGAAGUUCUUUUGUAAUCUGCUGUACCUGAGGGCACAGUACUUGGAUGCUUCAUGAUGAAUAAACAUAGCACACCAUACCACUGCAGGAGUUUUAGAAGAACGUUAGAAAUGAUCAUGGCUUGUGUCAUGUCUAUAUACCAGAUAUAUAUACAAUAUGAAUUAAAAGGAAAACCUGAAUGCUUGAAUCCCAGUAUGGGCAAUGUACGAGCUCUGUCAUGUAAUGUUAUGUAUUUUUGCUUGUAAGGUUUGGGAAUACCUACUUCAGAUAAAGCUGCUCUCACUGUUGCCACCAAGGCAAACAGGCAAGCCAUUAGGAGUCACUGAAUGGUUUGAUUUGUAUAAAUAUGAAGUGAAUCCUCCAUCAUAAUCCAGUGGAGAUUACUGAUCGAUGUGUUUGCACUCCACUCCCAAAUUAGGUACUCUUUUUCUCUCCAGUACAGGUCAGAUGUUUCAGCUAACACGGAGGUAUAUUAUUUACAAAUGCUAGCCACUUUCUUUUCUUGUCAUGCUCAAGGUGGGAAGCUUGAAUGCUGUAACAUUGUUAUGCUUCUGUAAUAUAAAUGUAGAGUCAUCUAAAAUGUGAACUGUGUGCAACCAGUAUACCAGUAUAGAGAGCAGGGAGAGGCAUUUGUAUGUGUUAUGGUACUUUGCUCAGAAUAUUGACACUUUAAGAAGCAAGGUACUGAUUAAUGCCCAAAGCAUGCUGGAUACAUAGUGAGGCAGACCAGCCUAAUGGCGCCUCUAGUUGACACUCAUUUUGUCAUAAUUGUGCAUUUACACGAAACUGGUGGUGUAUUAUUAAGUAAAUAAACCUAAAUACAGGACAACUAGUGGGGGGGGGCACAAAUAGGUCACAUUGGGACCAUCUAUACUUCUAUUAACACUGCUUAAGGCCAGCUAUUGUGCAGGGGUAGCUAAUAGCAAACAUGAUACUGGAAAGAGCUACACGUCUGUACGGAAACUGCACAUUGCUGAACACACGUUUUUUAUGCAACAGUUUAAACAUUUUUCCCUCAUGUGCACUGCUUACACAAAAUCAGCAAAGAUUUCACUUUGCCCACGGAGGGCACCACAGUCUACACAAACAGCAAGUUCCUAACUUGAACUUUUGGGUUAGACAACACUUUCCAUGACUGAUUUGCCUCCAGUUAACCACAGCCCAACAAAAACAUUGCACAUGUUACGUUAGCUUGCAAGUUGGUGCAGUGCGGUUUGCUGGUACAAAACCAAACAGUGUGUUUCCUCUAAAGUCACUUCCUGGCCAGUAAGUUGUAUGUCACACUUUCAGUUGUUGGCCUGUAGUUUCAUAACAGCAUUUGAGCUAACCACCCUGAGGUCACACGUGAAAGGGCUGCGGUUGUCAUCAACAUGACCUGAUGCUUUGUUGGCAGCAUGCGGUGGGCCCACUUGCCAUUUUGAUAAGCCCCCCUUUUUUUUUUUUUUUUUUUGAAAAGUUUCCCAUCAGUGUUUGUUUUUUUUCCAUGUUUCAGAUGAUAUUGAUGCUCAGUAGCAGCUUAUUCUCCACCUUUGGUUUGCAUAAACAUACUGUAUAGUAAAUUAAGGAAAAUUUGUAUUAAUUUCAAAUGAAACCUCUUUUUGAAACUGACAUUUAUUAGAUUCCCUCUAGAUUAGAACCAGGUCCUUUUAAAGGACUUAAGUUAAAGGAGGUAGUUCACUCAAAUUGUUAAUACCAGCGCUAAGGCCAAACUGAUCAUGAUUUUAGGCCUCAGUUUGGGGACUCUGAAUGGUGCCUGACACAACAGGAUACCCCACAGAAGGGUAUUGGUGAUCCUGCCAUUUUAUUACACCUGUAUUUCAUCAGCAAACUAUUUUUAGGGAAAUCUGUUUACAAUGAAUGUGUUGAUCAUCCAGAGAGACAAGGACCUUGCUUGUGAAAAGAUUUAGUUGACUGGAGAGCACCAUAAAUAAUAUCCCAUUUCCAUCCAGUUUACUUAGAUGAGGGCAGAAACAAUGCACACAGAUAUGUUCAAAAGUGGAAAAAAACAUAAAAGUGACAAAUAAGAUUUACAUCUGGAUCUUAAGUCAAGAAUGACUCUGUUACUCCUACUACUGCAGUAAAAGCCAAUAACACUGCAUAAAAAUAAACCACUGUGUAUGUAUGACCUUAUAUUCACACUAACCUUUCACAUUCCAGUUUCAGUAUACCUGUGAACAGCAACACUAAUGAAGGCUCCCAUCUGAUCCUUUUGUGCAACCUUUGACAAAUCUAAACCAUGCCAAUAUUUUUGCCCAAGAGUAGGCGUUAGUUUUUUUUCUUACUUUUCCUGUGCACACAAAUAUGUUUUUUUAUUCUAUUUGUCCUUUUCACGUUUAUUGUUGUCAAAUGUAUAUUCCUCAUGUAAUUUGUGUGCUCUUUGUAUGUAUUUAUUACCUCAUUCACAUUUUUCCUCACUGCACAGCACUUUGUCAAUCCAGUUUGAACAUGUGCUAAAUGAAUAAAGGAACUGCUAAUAUAUUAUACACUUUUAUUAUUACUGUUAUUAAAGGACAAAGGAAACCAAAACUGCACUGUGGAGCUGUUUUUGCACCAAAAACACAAUCCAAUUGUGUAGUUGAUGGGUAAAAUCAUUUGCACCAUAUGAAUUAAGUGUGUGAUCAGGCAUAUUUUUGGCAAAUCCCAAACCUGUAAAUUGCAAACAAAACCUUUAAGUAUGUAAUUUUAGAUUGCAGAGUUUUAUAAAGAGUGGAUGCACAAAAAAGGGCCUUCCAUUAAGUCAUAUGUUUUUAAUUUCACUGGACAAUAACAUUGAGGUAGUUAAUGAUUUUUGCUGAUUUUUAUUUAUUUAUUUUGUUUCUCCUGCAGCAGAAUUGACCUGUUACUAUCAUUGUGAAAGUUUGUUUUCAAUCAGACAUGAAACAAGGUAAGCAGCCUUUGCUUCAACCCUGGAUGAGUG